AUCUUCAGGAGCAAGAAGAGUUGUUAGCGAGCGAGGAAAUGCAAGCUGAGGCACUCGAUGGAUUGCGCUAUGAUAAUUUCGAACUCCGACUCUUCCUGGCAAGAAUGUUUGCGCGCUUGCGGCCACUGUUCGAUCCACUACUUUUAUGUGCUGGUCGUGAUCAUGAUUGUGGUUGUACAAAAGAAUCUUAGAUAUUUAUACGUAGAUUGAUGUAGUUGUACUAGUAGAGGUACGAAGAUCCAGACUCACUUAGUUGUAUCAUGUUGGUUCCCGUUCCAUCAUUUAUAUUUUGAUGAAGCGUUUAUUAAAGCCGUGAUUAAUAUUCUGAUGAAGAAAUUAUAUAUUUUAGCUGAGCUCUCGCACAUGAACGAAACCCAAACUUCAUGCUCAUGAGCUAAAGGGUACUCACUACAAAACUGCUGUGCCUACGGCUAAGCAUGAAUAUGUUUAUAACGUGUCCGGACGGGGGAGCGUGAUGUGCAGGAUCCCUAACCCUAACUUAACCUCCUCCUUAUUUCCCCCUAAGCUACCAUAGCCUUCACGAGGCCAACGUACUUAUACAUAGCAGCUAUUACCACCUUACUUCACUCUUUCUCGUCUUUCAUUCUUUCCCGCUGAUGGCGGUAUCGAUCCAGCGGACGCUGGAAUCCUACAGGCGACGGCAGAGGAAAGAGAGGCCGUUCUACAGGCUUUGUUGCGGAACCCAGACCCUGCGCGAUAUACCGCUCGAACGGAUCCAGGAGACCCCCCAGAAUACUUCAUUUAAGGAUUUGAUUUGAAUUAAUGUACUUCAAGAAAAAGGGCGCGGAUUAGUAGACAGUUUAAUUAACUUCUAGCUAAAUAUGUGCCGUGUGAAUUGUUCAACCUGAAAGUGAAACGCUCGAAAGUAGGCUUUCGCUAUUCUUCAUCGGAGACUAACACUUGAAAUAGAAAUUUCUUUAAUGUAAUUUGUCGGUCCUUUUCAUCGUUCUGCUGUUGUAGGGUCGUGUCAGUGUCUGUGCGUGGUCGCAUUUUGUGUCAUUGGAGGAGAAGGGGCAUCAUGAUGGUAGUAAGUACUUCUACUUCAUACUUUGUCCUCUUCGAUAAUAUUUACCAGUUGAUCCAUACUCUUGUCUUCUUUCUUAUUAUUCCGGUCGUGCGACAUGGAUGGAAUAUGAAUCAAUGAAAGUGCUGGUUUCUAAUUUGCGUGUUCGGAUGAC